AUGAGAACACACACUGGAGAGAAACCGUUUGCUUGCUCAGUUUGUGCUAAAAGAUUCAACACUAAGAAGGAAAUGAUAUUGCACAUGAGAACACACACAGGUGAGAAAUCUUUUACUUGCUCUGUUUGUAAGAAGAGUUUCUACAGCAAGCAAAGCAUGACCACACACAUAAGAACACACACUGGAGAGAAACCUUUUACUUGCUCUGUUUGUAAGAAGAGUUACUCCAGAAAGGGUGACAUGACCAGACACAUGAGAACACACACAGGAGAGAAACCUUUUGCUUGCUCAGCUUGUGCUAAAAGAUUCAACACUAAGAAGGAAAUGAUAUUGCACAUGAGAACACACACAGGUGAGAAACCUUUUACUUGCUCUGUUUGUAAGAAGAGUUUCUACAGCAAGCAAAGCAUGACCACACACAUAAGAACACACACUGGAGAGAAACCUUUUACUUGCUCUGUUUGUAAGAAGAGUUUCUACAGCAAGAAAAGCAUGACCACACACAUGAGAACACACACUGGAGAGAAACCUUUUACUUGCUCUGUUUGUAAGAAGAGUUUCUCCAUAAAGGGGGACAUGACCACACACAUGAGAACACACACUGUUAAGAAACCAUUUACUUGCUCUGUUUGUAAGAAGAGUUUCUCCAGAAAGCACAGCAUGACCACACACAUGAGAACACACACUGGAGAGAAACCUUUUACUUGCUCUGUUUGUAAGAAGAGUUUCUCCAGCAAGGAAAUCAUGACCACACACUUGAGAACACACACUGGAGAGAAACCGUUUAGUUGCACUGUGUGU